AUGAAAGUUGAGGAAUUGAUUAUUGAUGGGUUCAAAUCCUAUGCUACAAGAACUGUUAUUUCUGACUGGGAUCCUCAAUUUAAUGCGAUUACGGGUCUAAACGGUUCUGGUAAAUCAAAUAUCUUAGACGCCAUAUGUUUCGUUUUAGGUAUAUCUUCAAUGGCUACUGUUAGAGCCUCCAAUUUACAGGAUUUGAUUUAUAAAAGAGGCCAGGCAGGUGUUACCAAGGCCAGUGUGACUAUCGUAUUUGAUAACUCUGAUAAAUCAAAUGCUCCUAUUGGGUUUGAAAGUUCUCCAACUAUUUCUGUCACUAGACAAGUAGCUUUGGGUGGUACUUCAAAAUAUUUGAUUAAUGGUCAUAGAGCUCCUCAACAAUCGGUAUUACACCUUUUUCAAUCCGUUCAAUUGAAUAUUAAUAAUCCAAAUUUUUUAAUUAUGCAAGGUAAAAUUACUAAAGUGUUAAAUAUGAAACCUACUGAAAUAUUAUCCUUAAUUGAAGAGGCAGCAGGUACUAAAAUGUUUGAAGAUAGAAGAGAAAAGGCUGAAAGAACAAUGGGUAAAAAAGAAGCAAAAUUACAGGAAAAUAGAACGUUGUUAAAUGAAGAAAUUGAACCCAAAUUAGAAAAGCUUAGAUCGGAAAAAAGAAUUUUCCUUGAAUUCCAAGAAACUCAGAAGGAUUUAGAAGAAACACAUCGUGUUGUGAGUGCAUUUGAUUAUAAUUACCUUGUACAAAAGCAAACAUCUGUUGUAGAAACCCUUCAAACCAGUGAAAAUAGAAUAAUUGAAUUGAAAGAAUUGAUAACAAAAGUUACAGAUGAAUUGGGUAGUUUAAAUGAGGAUCUGGAACAGAUUCAGGUUCAAAAGAAAAAUGAACUCGAUAAAAAUGGUAAACUAGCAAAACUUGAAUCAAAUGAGAGUAAAUUGAUGAAUGAGAUAUCAAGAUUGAAGACGUCAUAUAAAAUAAGUGAAGACAAUUUAAGCGAUACUCUAUCAAAACUCAAAUCUAAAGGAAAAAAUUUAGAAGCAAAUAAACAAGAGUUAUCAAAUAAAUCUAAAAUGUUCGAAAAAAUUGAAGAAGAAUACAAAGGGAUUAACAUACAGUUGGAUGAGUACAAACAAACAUAUAAGAAAAAAGAAGAACUAUUGUCAACUCUUUCGACUGGUAUAUCAUCUACCGGUGGUACUGAUGGUGGUUAUUCUGCACAAUUAAAUAAUGCAAAAACUAAGCUAAAUGAAGCAAAUGUUUCCAUUAAAAAAUCUAAUAUAAAAAUUGAAGCAUUACAAAGGGAAUUAGCCUCAAACGAACCAAAGAUGGAAUCUGCUAAGAAAGAUCUUGAGAUAAGUUUGAAACAAAUUAAACAAUAUGAGGAACAAUGUUCUCAAAUUCAAUUAAAAAUUAAAGAACAUGGUUAUGAUGCAGAAACUGUAAAAGAACUCAAACAAAAGAAGAUCGCUAUCGAACAGCAAUUGAACAAAAUUGAAAGAGAAAAUGAAUAUUUAAAAAGAAAAGUUGCCAAUAUUGACUUUACAUACACCAAGCCAACUGGAGAUUUUCAAGAACAAUCUGUUAAAGGUGUUGCUGCACGUCUAUUUCAUCUGAAUGAAAAUAAUUACUCUAGUGCAACUGCGCUUCAGGUAUGUGCCGGAGGUAGACUGUAUAAUGUGGUUGUUGAUAAUGAGAAAACAGCAUCUCAAUUGCUUCAAAGAGGACGCUUGCGUAAGAGAGUGACUAUCAUUCCAUUAAAUAAAAUAAUGGCAAGAAAAUUAAAUGAUAAGACAUUGAAUAUAGCAAAAGAAAUUUCUCCAGGUAAUGUAGAAUUAGCGCUGAAUUUAAUAGGUUACGAAGAAGAUGUGGCCAAGGCAAUGGAAUUUAUUUUUGGAAGUAGCUUGAUCUGUAAGGAUGCAGAAACCGCAAAGAAGGUUACUUUUCACCCACAAGUUCGUACUAGGAGUAUUACUUUACAAGGUGAUGUUUAUGAUCCUGAGGGUACCCUUUCUGGUGGCAGUAGAAACAUGAAUAGUUCUUUAUUGGUUGAUAUACAAAAAUACAACGAGGCCAGUAAACAGACAUAUGUACUUCAAGAAGAGUUAAGUGUGAUCCAAGAAAGAUUAGUAGCUUUGGAGAGAGUCUACGAAGGAACGCGUGUACUGCAAAAUGAGUACAAUCUUUUAAAGCAUAAACUUCGAUUGGCACAAAGAAAUCUUGAUUCGAAUUCUUCCACGCAAGUGAUGAAAAGAAAUGAAGAGAUCUACCAGGAAUUGGCAGUGUGCAACAACGAAAUCACAACAAAUAAUGAAUUAGUUCUGAAAUUCGGAAAUGAAAUUAAACAAAUUGAGAGAGAUAUGAAGGAAUUUAGCAAAGAUAAAGGCUCUAAAUUAAAGGAAUUAAAAAAUGAAUUAGAAUCCUUAGGGAAACAGAUUGAAAACCAGGAAGUUAUAGCUGAAUCGAAGAGCGAUCUCUUUCAAAAUUUGCAAUUAGAAACAGAACAACUUUCAAAUGAAAUUCAAGCUGAUGAACACUAUAUUGAACAAACUUCUGUUUCUAAGAAAUCGUUGGAAGAAGAACUGGAAACAAUUUCAACUCAACUAAAGGAAAUCGAAAAUGAACUCCAACUGGUGCAAGACCAACUAUCUGAAGAAAAGAAGAGAUUAUUAGAUAUCGAUGAAGAAGCUGCAGAUCUGGCGAAUAUUAUCAAAUCAAAAAGCGAAAUCAAAUCCAAUAGUGAAUUAGAAUUGCAAAAGCUGACUCAUGACUUAACAAAGUUCAAGAAUAGCACAUCUGGUAUUAAUGAAAAGAUUAAGCAAUUAGCAGACGAGAAUGAAUGGCUAAGUGACGAAACAUUUGUUGCUGGAAUUAUUAAACAAAAUAAGGGUAUUGAUAUUGAAAGUUAUAGAGAAAGAAAUGAGCAAUUGCUUGGAAGAUUUAAUGAUAUGAAAAGAAAAGUAAAUCCUAAUAUUAUGGCUAUGAUUGAAAAUGUGGAAAAAAAGGAAACAGCAUUAAAAACAAUGAUCAAAACUAUUGAAAGGGAUAAAGUUAAGAUUCAAGAGACUAUUGAGAAAUUGAAUGAGUAUAAGAGAGACACCUUGAUAAAAACUUGGACAAAAGUUAAUGAAGAUUUUGGGAAUAUUUUUGCUGAUUUAUUACCAAACUCUUUUGCUAAGCUAGUUCCUUCUGAAGGCAAAGAUGUUACAGAAGGUCUUGAAGUUAAGGUUAAACUUGGUAGUAUCUGGAAAGAAAGUCUAGUAGAGUUAUCUGGAGGUCAACGUUCAUUAAUCGCAUUAUCCCUAAUAAUGGCAUUGCUUCAAUUUAGGCCAGCUCCAAUGUACAUCUUAGAUGAAGUUGAUGCAGCUUUAGAUUUAAGUCAUACACAGAAUAUUGGACAUUUAAUCAAAACAAGAUUUAAGGGUUCGCAAUUUAUAGUGGUAUCAUUGAAAGAAGGUAUGUUUACUAAUGCUAAUAGAGUUUUCAGAACUAGAUUUCAAGACGGUACGUCAGUUGUUAGCGUAAUGCAAUGA